AUGGCCGCCAUUCCCCCCUCCGGGCUGGAGGCCCCGAUCUCCGGGGCAAGCUGGGUCAACAGCCAGCUGGCGCCGGUGGUCGGUGUCUUCAGCAGCCGCGACGCGGAGGCCCUUUGCCGGACCAACAACAUGAGCGUCGUCGAGAUGUUGCGGGCCUUCAGCCGCAUUGGCAGAAAGCUCGAGGUCACCGACAUGACCGGUCAGCGGCGGCCGAUCGCCGAAAUGCAUGUGCGCUUCCUGUCCGGCUCGGAGCUCGAGGCCGCGGCCGCCACCUUUGGCCACGAGGUCUUCAACACGCCAAGCCGCCUGGCACAGCUAUCCGCCUCGAUGGCCCUGGCGUCCGGGACCGCCGCAUCCGACCCGACGACCGACCUGCAGCAGCAGUACCCGGGCCCCGGUCCGGAUGCGAGCUGCCUGGACACGGGGGCCGGUGUCGGGCCCCCGAGCACCGGGACCGAUGCUGAUCGGCCGGCCCGAGCCGACUCGGUGUCCAAGUACAUUCGCGGAUCGAGCAUCACCGAUUGCGCCCCCUGGUUUGGGGCCUUCGCUGACCAAUUUGCCGGCCGCGUCCCGCCAAAUGAGUUCGACUAUCUGUCCCACCCGGUGGUCUACCUGUGUGUUCUUGCCUCGCACGAGCCCAAUCCCCUGGAGAAGGCCCGGGCGAUCUUCCGCUCGGCCAGCACCACCGGAUCCAACAUGUUCGACCUCACCAACAUCAGGGCCUUCUAUGUGGUGCUGCAUGACGCGUCGCGCGAUGUCCUGCCGGCAUCCACCCCCGGCCAUGUGGCUGCCUCUUCGCCACAGCAGGGCCUGCUGGACUCGCUGCGCUCUUCGCUCGGGCAGAAUGUCCGCGUGCUGACGCUCAAUUCCCAAACCCCAGCACUGGACCCGCUGACCCGGCCGCUGGCCGACUGGCCGUGGUACCGGCUGACGCGGCGCCGGCCACCGGCUCUCGCGCCCGCAACUGCCCCCGGAGCCACUGGCAGCUCCAGCGCCGGCACGUCGGAUCCGAGUGCCGGCGUCGCGCCCGGGCUGGCGGCCGAUGAUCCGCUCGGGGCCGGGCUGGCCCAGUUCCCGGCCCGGGCCUCGGCGCCGGGCUCGCCGCAGCACGACCCGCAAUCCUAUGCCGGGGCCCAGCUAGCUGAUGGCGAUGUCCAGGCCAUGCGCCAGUUUGUCGAGGAUUUCGUCGAGAGCGUCAUCCUGCCGAAGAUGGAGUCCAGCUGUCACCAGUGGAAUGUGCAGGUGGCCAACCAGCGUCGUGGCUUUACCGGGCGCCUGUUUAGCGUCGGCCGGCGGUACUUCUCCAGCGGCCCGGGCGGCGGCGGCUCCAGCGGUGGCAGUGGCUCCACCGGGGGCGGGGCUUCGGCCGGCACGUCCGGCGUCCCCGGCACCGGGGCCCUGAUCAACCAUAGCAGCCCCGAGGCCUUGCUCCGGCGUUUGGCGGACUUUUCGCUGCAAUUGCAGGAUUUCAAGUUCGCCCAAGAAAUCUACAGCAUCCUCAAGCGGGAGUUCGGGCCCGGCCGGACCCCGGGCCAUGCCGGCUCCCUGCACGAAGCCCUCGGCGUGUGUCUCUUCCAUGAGGAGAAGUUUGACCAGGCGGCGGCGGCCUUCUCGACGGCCCUGGCGGCCUACAUGACCCCGGACCGGGGGCGCCUGCCGGUGCUUGCCCUGCGCGCGGCCCUGGUGACCGUGGCCCUGUCCCGGGGGCGCCUCCGCUGGCGGGACAUCCAGCAGGCCCUGCAGGCGGUGGCCGGAGAUGCCAUCGACCAUGUGCAGCCGGGCCCGGCAUCGCCCCUGGACGCCUUGACCGGGGCCCGACUGCCCGGGAACAUCCCCUCCCCCUUGCCCGGGCCGGACAUCACGCCGGCCGACAGCCUGCGAGCCGGGCUGCUGCAGGAGCAGCUGGCCUUGACGCUGCUUUUCGGCCGGCCGGAUGCGCGGGCUGCCCACUCCCGGCGCUAUGCCCUGCACAUGGCCCUGGCGGCGGAGCGCUUUGCUCGGGCCCAGCAAACCGGCCACGCGGUGCGGCUGGUGGCCGGGGUGUUGCGCCUGUCCGCGCUGGAUGGCCCGAAUGCCGGGGCCAUUGGCGUGGCCUCGGCCGCCGGCUGGACUGGGGUCGAGGCUUGGGCCCGGCAGCGCCUGCAGGGGCUCCUGUCGCCGGAGCACGCGCCACUUGAUCUGCUGCAUCUGGCCGCAGUCGGCGCCUCGGCUGUCAGCCUGCUCCGCCAUGUUGCAUCGUCGGGCACGCCGGUUGCCCCGCCUGCUGGGUCUACGCCGCCCGAUCCCGGGCUGCUCUUUGCCCUGAUUUCCGCCUGGAAGCAUGCCACCAAGACCCUGGAUGCUGCCGGGGGUCGCCCGGCCCUGCCGGGGCCCGCUGGCGGCGCUGUCCCCCCCGGGGCACCAUCCAUUGAGCGUCUCUUCCCGGCCGGGGAGCAGGCCCUGCCGCUCAGUCAUCUGCUGCAUUGGCGCCCGGGGCGCAAGGAAAUCGGCGUCCUGGUGCACUUCCCGUUGGUCUGCCCGCGGGAGGGCAUCCACACGCUGGUCAGCCGGGCGACGGUCGGCGGCUUGGCCAUGGCGGCCCUGCCCCCAGCGGCCGAUGCCCAGGAUGACAUCCAGCAGCUCACCGGAAAGGAGGCCCAGCUGAAGGGGGAGCUCCGCCUGGCGACCGAGUUUGCCGGGCGCCUGCGCCAGGAGCUGGGCCUCGGUGGCACGCCCUCCUUCUAUGAUUGGGAGCGCCUGGCCGUGUCGGCGGGCAUUGUGCCGGCGGCGACCGGCGGAGCUCUGCGGCAGCUGGGCGCGGCCGCAGCCUCGGGCCGAGUCCCGGCCAGUCGGGUGUCGAUGGCCGACCGCACGCAGCUGGUGGCCGCGCUGACGGGCAGCCGGCCGAUCCUGACCCGGCUGCCGACGGAGCAGCAGCAGCAGCAGCAGCAGCAACAGCAACCCCUCAAGAGCGAGGCGGGCCCGGGGGCAUCGUCACCGGGCGAUGGCUCGGCCAGCGAGCCGGCCGGCUGGUGGGCCGGCAUCGAGCCGAAUGCCUUGCGGUCGGUGGCCGCCUUUCCUGACCGGCUCCGGUCGCACGGCGGCCUGGCGGUGUCUUACGCUUCCGGCGAUCCGGUCAGCAUUGUCAUUCGCAUGGGCAAUCCCCUGUUGGUGCCAUUGCUGAUGUACCAUAUGCAAUUGGAGCUGGAGCUGGUGGCCCCGGGCCCGGAGCCCGGCAGCCUGACCACCUGCACCGUGAUGUCGGCCACGCGGCAUUCAUUUGUCUGUGUGGAGGCGCAGCGUGAGCUGUCUCUGGCGUUCUUGCUGCCAGACGCGGCACUUGCCCAGCCUGGGGCCGUGUUGACGGCCACCGCACUGCACUUCCUGUUUGCCGGGGUGGUGCCCUGCGUCCGGCCCCUGGGCCGGGUCUAUGGCUCGGCCGUGGAUCUUGGCAGCGGGGCCACCUUGGCGUCGCGGGUGCACCAGCUCCCCUCCGGCCGAGUGGCGCGCUCCGGCAGUGUCCCCUCCUCGCCGGCCACCGGGCCCCUCUCUGCGGCCAUCGGCGAGGCGCGCGCGCGUGUGCUCAGUGCCGUGGCUACUGGAGCGGCCGCGACCGGCGCCGCGAUCGACACGCGUCAGGUGGAAGCGGCCGCGGCCGCGGCCUCGGCCAUCGACGACUGUGUGCGUCUGGUGACCGGCCCGGCGCGCGGGCUGCUCCGGCUGGACUGGCGCGAGGAUGGCCGCCAUGAGGAGCCGGAGCCCGGUGCCGAUGGGCCGCCGGUCACGGUGUCCCUCCUUUCGAGCCAGACAAAGCGCACGACCCUGACGCUGACCAACAUCGGCACGGUGCCGGUGUGGGGCCCGGUCCGGGUGGCCGUCUCCCACAGCGGGUUCCUGGUGGUCGAGCCGCCGUCGGCUGGGCGCUGUGGGGCCGAGGCUUGCGGCGCCGAAGCCGGCAUCGAGUGCUCCUCCUCCGAUGACGACGACGAGGAUGGCGAGGCCACUGGGCUGGUGGUGCGGGCCCCGGUGGCCGCCGAUGCUGGAGCCUCGUCGGCCUGCCGGUUUGUGGUGGCCGACAACAACAUCCGCGACCGAUCGGUGAUGGAGUUCCACCUGGCUCGGGAGGCGGCCCUGGCCCCGGGGGCCAGCAUGCCGGUGACGGUGUUCGUGCGGGGCGAGCGCUCCGGCCAGCACCGGCUCCGCGCCCUGGUGGCCCAUCAGACAUCCCCCGGGGGGGUGGCCUCGGCCGCCGGGCCGGCAUCGGCCGAUGGGCCCAGCUGGCUGGCCGCGCGCGCCGAGCUGCACAUUGAUGUGCAGCCUGUCAGCCAGGUGAGCACCACAUUGCUACAUCCAGCCGGGGCCAACCGGCGGCCGAUUGUCUGCCUGGAGGCCGAGCACCUGGCCCCGUCCGGCGGCCCGGGUGGCGGCGCCGGCGGACGCGCCGGGCAGCACCUGGUCCUGGAGCAGAUCUUCUGCCUGUCAACCGGGUGGUCUCUGCGCCCGAUGGACCCGGCCAAUGUGGCCGACCGUCGGGCCAUCCGCGCGGCCGGCGGGGUCCUGCCUGCCGGCACUCCGGCCAGCGAGCCCGGCAUGCGUCUGGCACCGGGGGAGGCGUUUGUGCGCUUCUUCGAGCUGGUCCCGGCGCCGGCGGUCGAGCAGUUGUCCCUGCCAGCCGGGCCGGGGGGCCAGCCGGUGCAAGUGACCCGGCCACUGUCGGCGCCCCCGGGCCCGGGGGGCACCUGGUCUGCCACCUCCUUCGAAUGGGACCAGGCCGUGGGGCUGUAUGCCAUGCUGCGGGCCGAUCGAACGGGGGCCCAGGUGCCGGCCUUGCGGCCGGUGGCUCUGCGCGUGCAGGCGCUGCUGCCGGAGGCGGAGCCCGGGUGGUCGGCCCUUGACACCUCGCAGCUUGUGCGCUGCCGGUCGGUGGCCAUGCACGCGCGCCUUACUUCCACCUACAAGGCCUCCAGUGGGAUCUUCAGCGCGGCGGCCUGGCAGACGGCCCAAAGUGCCGGCCGGGCCAUGCCGACCCUCUCGGCGGCGGCCGUGUCGCCGUACGACUCGGUCCGCGGGACGUCCAGCUGGGCGCCACCCGGGUCCGGGGAGGCCUUCGCCGCCAGCGAUGUGUGGGAGCGCCAGGAGGUGCCAGAUGCCCAAGUCCCCUCGGCCGACUGGUGGCGCGUGGUCGGCGGCCGUGGGGGGGCUGCCCCAGGCCACGGUCCGGCCCCCGGGGCGGGCUCUUCGGGCUCGGAUGUUCCCCUGGCCGCGGCCUGCAUGGCCGCUGCUCCUGCCACUGCCACCGGUGCGGUGGCCUCCUCCUCGACCGGGUCCUUGGCUUGCUCCUCCUCCUCUUCCUCCGGGCUUCGGCCAGGUGGCGGCCCUGGCGGGGUGUCGAAUGCCGCGUACAGUGCCCGGUGUCCCUUCGGCCUCUUCGACAGCACCACGGUGGAUCUGUGCGUCCGGUGGCGCCUGGAGCCGAUGGGCGCCGCCGCGAAUGCCGGGGCGGUGGCCCCGGCGCGCGGCAUGCACAUGGUGACCGCGGUGGCGGUGACAUCUCCCAGUGCUCGGGCGGCCGGAUUCCAGGACCCGCCCCUGCUGCCGGCGACGUACCUGCUGCAUAGCCCCCGGCCGCCGGGUCCGGUGCCCCAGUACUUCCCGCUGCCGGGGCGCGCGUGUGGCUGUGGCUGCGGCCGGGCCACUCGGAGCCGGCGUCUGGCCCGUCUGGACCUGGCCGGUGCCGGUACCGAGCAUUCGGCCACCGUGGCCGUGGAGCAGCUCCGCCUGGAUUUGACGCGGCUGGGUGCCCUGCCGGCGGAACUGCAGCAGCUGGCUCGCGGUGGAGGGUCGUCGCACUUGUCGACCGGCAGCGCGUCGGCCCUGGCACUGGGCGCCGAUGAGACGCUCCAGCAGGCGGUUCUCGGGAAGGCCCUCCUGGACUCGACGCGCCUGGAGCGCGAGGCCAUGGCCCUGGAGCUGGGGCUGGUGGCGGCAACCACGCCGGCGGCCCCUGGGGCAGGCCGGGUCGGUGGCGAGGCGCUUCGGAUCCCGGCCGGCGGGUCGGUCCUCCGGGCUGCGCUGACCCUUGCCCAAGGGCCGAGUGGGGGCGACCUGGCCAGCAUGCGCGGCCCCACCUGCGCGGCCACCGGGCGCCAGCUGUGGCUGGUGCCCUGUACAUUGAGCGUGCGCAAUGUCUCGGCCCACCGGUGCUUCGAUUACUGCAUCGAUGUGCGCAAUCCGGACACCAUGGCCGGGUCCUCCGGCGCCGGCGACCCGCUGGGCGCGGUUUUGUGCAUCGGCCUGACCCGCACGGCCGGCAGCCUGACUCCUGGCCGGGAGCUCCGGCUGGCAGGGCAGCUGGUCAUGGCGCUGCCCGGGCCGGCCGAUGCCGGGGUCCGGCUGACUGCCGGGGCUCUGCGGCUCCCGCACUUCGAUGUGUACUUCCGGCCGAAUCUCCCCCAUCGUCUUGAACCGCUGGUCCGUUUGGAUGAGCUAGCCCCCCCGGCGCCGCACCAGUUCCUGGCAACCGCCAGCCCGGGCCAGCCGGCGGCUUUCACAUUCUCCAUUGACCUGGCGGCGGUUCGCUUGCAGAUCCUGGAGAUGGCCUCGCCAUCGGGUCCCUCGCCGGUGUCUCUCCCCGUGGAGUCCGCCACCACGGCGGCUGCAUCGUCCUCCGGCUGA